UUCCUUCCUAAGCCAUAGAUCAGAGUGUUUGUUUGUUGUUCGAAGCGACGCUACUAUACGAAAAUGUCGAGUGAAUCGGACGACUCUGACAUUGAGGACACUCUUUUGUUACUGGCGGCCGCUUCUAGAAAGCGUCCAAGAAUGUGGGUUCAUCCAAUUAAUACUAAAAGAUUGGAAUAUGGAGAAUAUAACAGAUUGUGCCGGGAGUUACAAUCGGAUGAAGAAAAGUUCUUUUCAUACUUCCGCAUGUCCAAAGGCAGCUUUGAAGAACUUCAUAAUAUUUUGCAACCAUUCAUAACGAAACAAGACACUAAUUGGAGACUGGCAAUUAGUUCAAAAGAAAGACUGGCGAUUUGUUUAAGGUACCUAGCUACGGGGGAUUCGUACAAAACGAUUGCGUUUUCUUUUCGUGUCGGGCGUUCCACGGUAGGCGGCAUAGUAGAAAACGUCUGUCAGGGAGUGUGGAAUUCUUUGCAGCCUAUCUAUAUACCCACGCCAACCGAAGACACAUGGAGAAAAUCAGAAAGCGGUUUUAGAGAAAUUUGGGAUUUUCCGAAUUGCUUGGGCACGGAUGACUUAGUGCCGCAGGUACUUAUCGGUGAUGAAGGUUUUGGAUUAAAGCCAUACCUAAUGAGACCCUUUACCCAAAGAGCGGCCCUACAAGACGAAAGUAAAAGAAACUAUAAUAAGAGGUUGAGCAAAGCAAGACGUGUUGUAGAAAACGCAUUUGGUAUUUUGGCCGAGAAAUGGAGAGUGUUUCAUAGACCCAUGGAAUGCUCAGUCAACACAGCAGAAGCUGUCGUAAAGGCAGCAUGUUGCCUUCACAACUUUUUACGCGCCAAGGAAGGCCGUAUGCAGAUUGUCCCUGAGAACAGCAUGGCCACGGGUUCAGCUUUCGUGACCAAUACGACGCCGCGUAAUAAUCAGCCUUCGGUAGAAGCCUUUGAAAUUCGAGAAAAAUUCCGGCGAUAUUUCGAAACUAAUUGA